CCGGAUAAAGCCCCUCCAGUCCCGGCCACGUCAACAUUCGCUUUCGCUCGCGAAUACUCCUCCUCCUCAACUCUGUGUUUUUCCCCCAUCACGAACUACCUUUUCCCACCAAUUUUUUUUUUUUCUCCUGGGAAUUACUGACCAUACAUUCAUUGCAUUCUUCUCAGAAAGAAUUUGAUCGUCAAGAAAUUCAUCGUCAAUCGGAUUUCAGUUUAAUCUUUGAUCAAUCUUUAAUCCCAUGUCACUCAAGUUGCCCCAUCAGAAACUUGUUUCCGCAAGCUGUCCAGAUCCGUGGCUUUCAAUUAAACCAACUAGAAUUUAUGCUGUCAGCAGCAAGGUUGUGGGGUUGAAUCAUCUACGGCUUCACCAGCGCUAUGGAAAGAAAAGACAUCGUUUGAGGCUCUCUUUGUUGGAUGAUUGCAAUCUCAGUUUUAGCUGUGGCAUCUCGAAUUGUAAAAAACCUAGUGUAAUUUUCUGCAAAUUUAGAAGAAAUAAAUUUUUAAUACCUCGUGCUUCUGCUGAUGAAGGGGUGACUGUUAAUGGCAGUCCUCGAGCGAGUACUAGUAGUGAGGGUGGGGGGAUGAGAGUUAAGCUUGAUGAGCCAUUACAAGCAGAAGACAAUAGUAUUGGCCUGGUCCAGUUACUGUAUGAUGCAGCUAGAGUUUUUGAGCUUGCACUUAGAGAACAAAGCUCGUUAUCAAAAAUCUCUUGGUUCUCAACAGCAUGGAUUGGUGUUGACAAAACUGCUUGGAUAAAGGAGCUAUCUUAUCAGGCUUCGGUGUAUUCUUUACUGAAAGCUGCAUGCGAGAUCUCAUCCCGAGGAGAACGAAGGGACAGAGAUAUAAAUGUGUUUGUUCAAAGGAGUUUAUCAAGACAAUCUGCUCCGUUGGAGACUGUAAUCAAUGAGAAACUAUCAGUCAAACAACCUGAAGUUUAUGACUGGUUUUGGACGAAUCAAGUUCCUGGAGCUGUGACUAAUUUUGUCAAUUAUUUUGAAAAGGACCAACGGUUUGCUGCUGCAACUUCUGUGUUUGGUGUUUCGGGCAACUCAAGUGAUUUGUCACUGCUCAUACUCGCACUUAGUUGCAUUGCUGCAAUAACAAAACUUGGGCCUACUAAAAUCUCUUGUCCACAGUUCUUUUCCAUAUUCUCAGACACUACUGGUAGACUAAUGGACAUGUUGGUUGAAUUUGUUCCUAUCCGGAAAGCUUACGAGUCUGUGAAGGAUAUUGGUUUAAGAAGAGAGUUUCUGGUCCAUUUUGGUCCUCGUGCGGCUACAUGUAGAGUAAAUCGUGAUGGAUGCACUGAGGAGGUUAUUUUCUGGGUGGGUUUUGUGCAGAAGCAGCUUCAGAAGGCUAUUGACAGAGAGAGAAUAUGGUCUAAACUCACCACGUCCGAAAGCAUUGAGGUAUUAGAGAGGGAUUUGGCUAUAAUUGGAUUCUUCACUGCAUUGGGAAGAAGCACUCAGGCUUUUCUUUCUGCAAAUGGAUUUAAAUCCACAGAUGGACCUAUUGAAGCACUUAUAAGGUAUCUAAUUGGAGGUGGGGUUUUAUUUUAUCCCCAGCUGUCAUCUAUAAGUUCUUAUCAACUGUAUGUGGAGGUAGUUUCUGAGGAGCUUGAUUGGCUUCCCUUUUAUCCUGGAAGCAGCAGGACUUUGAGUCAAAGUUUUGGGCAUAAGAAAACAGAAGAAAUCCCUCCAAAUCCUGAAGCUAUUGCUAUAGUUUUGGAUGUUUGCUCUCAUUGGAUCUCUAGUUUCAUCAAAUACAGUAAAUGGCUAGAAAAUCCUUCUAACAUUAAGGCAGCUAACUUCCUGUCCAAAGGGCAUCAAAAGUUGAAGAUGUGUGUGGAAGAACUUGGAAUGGAAAUGAGCAAAUCUGGAACUUAUACACCAGCUGAGCGGGAAAAUCCUGAUUCUUUUAAUAAGGCUUUAGAGAGUGUUGAAGAAGCCCUUAGAAGACUGGAAGGAUUACUACAAGAACUUCAUGUGUCGAGUAGUUCUGGAAAGGAGCAACUUCAAGCUGCUUGUUCUGACCUUGAGCGGAUAAGGCGGAUUAAGAAAGAGGCUGAGUUUCUUGAAGCAUCUUUUAGAGCCAAAGAAGCUUCCUUGCAGCGGGUUAUUCCUAAACCUGAUUUUCUUUCUUUCUUUUGUAUGAGGCUUCUGUUCAGUGGGUUAUUCCUAAACCUGGUCUUCUUUCUUUCUUUUCUAUGGUGGUAUUUUUAUUUUAUGUCUUGUUUUUGUGGUUUGGGUGUAAGAGUUACCACAUGCCUUCCCUAAUGAUUUGCUUGACUCUUUAUCCUGUGUCAUUUUAGACAUGAAACUAAGGUCUAAUGAAGUUAGAGCUCUUAUGCUUAUUGAGAUUGGCUAUAGGUCUAGAAAUGUCUUGGUGAUCUUCAAACUAUUAGGUACCAGGAAAUCCUUAUUGAAUUUGUGAGCUUUUCACAUUUCUCUGAAGUGUUGUUUUCAAGCAUAUUUUUUAAGUCCUUUGCUUUUUUCCUGACAUAGUGUCAAACUUAUGUCUUGAUAAUGAGUCAACUGGCAUAUACCACAGACCAGAAAGCGUACCAUAGAUUUAAAUCUGGAUAAGGACAAUUUGCCCCUCGAGUUAUGUCCCAAAGACUAAUACCCCUCGAGUCUUUUCAAAAGGACAAAAAUCCCCCUUGACCGCUAGCCAACGACAAAAUACCCCUUAUGCACCAUUUUCAGUGAAUAAUUGUCUAUGAUGUAAGCAAAUUAAAGUAUAUAAAGUCAAAAAAUACCCGUCACAAUUACCAUAAUAAAAAAUCUUAACUAUCCAAAAAAAAUACCCUUAUAACUAUUUUUUUUAGAAUCCUCUCACCACUUUUUUGUCCUCUUCCACUUCUAGUAUCCUAGCAUGAUUUCAUAUAUCAAGAAAAAUUUCUUAUUUUUUUGUUAAAGAAUAUCUUGGAUUGCAAGAUUGAGUUUUUUCAUCAAAAGAUUAAAAAAAAAAAAAACCAACUUAAUUAUAAGGUGAGACGAGUAAUUAUAUGUGUAUCUUAUUUUAUACAUGGUGAAGGAGGUAGUAGCAGUUCCAUGGAGAUAUGAUUAGAGCUACUAGUUUUCUCAAUUUAAUCUUUUUAUUUUCCUUGCUGGAAAUGUUAGUCAUUACGGUUUUUUCGUCUUUUUACAUUUUUGGACAGUUGACUUUGAGUUUGAGGCGGUCAAGGGGGGUUUUUGUCCUUUUGAAAAA